UUAAAUCUUUAGAUGUUAAUUUUUAUUUACUGCAUUUGGUUUUAUCAUGGAGCUUAUGUAAAUUCACUGAAGAUUAUAGAAAAAUUUGAAUUAGUUGAAUGUGAAGCUCGAUCAAUUAAAUUGAAGUGGCAACUAAACAAUAAUUAUGCAUCAGAUCAAGUAUUAAUGGUUAAAUGUUCAAGGUUUGACGAAAGAGAGAAAACAUCAACAAUCAUAAAUAUGACUGGUUUUGUAACAAUAAAUAGUCUUGCACCAAAUACUAGGUACAAAUGUAAGCUUGAAGUUUUUAAAUUAUCAGUUGAAUUGGAUUCUUCAAAUUUUGUUUACGCAGUAACUCUAAUAGGCGAAGCAUGUAUUCAACCUGUUGGCUUUGAGACCGGAAUUAUUAAAGAAGAUAGUAUUACAAGUUCUCCACUAACUAGUUCAAAAAAAAGAUCUAUAAGACUUUAUGAUGUGGAUGGUUUUUGGUGUUCAAUAGAUUCAAGUCCUUAUAUAAGAAUUGAUUUGGGAAGAAUAAUGACAAUUACAGGCCUUUUAUUUCGAACUAAUAACACAGAUGUUGAUAAGAUAUAUAUAAAGUAUGGUAUAAAUACUAUAGAUCAAAUGAAGGAUCUUAGAUUUGAUAAAGUUGUUGGAGAAAAUCCAAGGACAUUUGACUAUCCAAAAAAUGAUACUACACGAGAUUGGUUCUUGGAAAAUUCUUUUACAGUAAAAUUAUUAGAAUUUCGUUCAUUUGAUGAAAAAAAGCCAUUUUGUGUUCAGGUUGAAGUUUAUGGUUGCUCAGAAAUUUGUAGCUCAAAACUUGAACCAUUGUCAAUUUACCAUAUUCUGGAAUUGAACACGUCUUUAAGUAGCAAUACUAAAUUGAACACGUCUUUAAGUAGCAAUACUAAAUUAUCAAAUCUUAAGAACGUCACUUUAACCUGCAUUGAAACUAAUCAGAGUCUUCGUUUUGAUUUUGGUAAAAUUCUAACAAUAAGCGGCUUUAUGAUGCUCAGCCAAAAUGUAUCUUUAAAAUUAAGAAUCCGAUAUGGAGAUAUUGAAAAUAUGACCCUAAAACAAGAAGUUUUUCAGACAUUUUCAACAAAUUCUAUUCCACAUUCUUAUACAACAUUUUGGUUUAACAACCAAAUAUUGACAAAAGAUAUUGAAGUAAGACCUGUUACUGAAAUCACUUGCAUGUAUGUUGUGUUCCUUGGAUGUAGUUCAGCAAAUAUGAAAAAACUGGGUAUAGAAAAUGGAUCACCCGGUAUAACUUUAACAGAGUCUUCAUUCUAUAGUUCUUUUCAUACAGCUGUAAAUGGGAGGCUGAAUGCUAUGAUGUCAGACUGGACGAUUAAUGAUGCAGUAGAUAAAAAUCCAUGGUAUCAAAUUUGUUUUUCAGUAAUUCAAACUGUUUCUGCAAUUGCAGUUCAGGGUCAGGGGUAUUGGAGUCCAGCUUACAUCACUGGAUUCUCUAUAGAAUAUGGCUAUAGUGCAAACACUGUUUCAUAUAUUUACUCUUUUAAUGGUUUACCUUAUUGUUUUGAUGGAACAAAAAAUCGAUAUGCUACUAGUGUGAACCAAUUUCCUGUAGAAAUUUCAGCACAAUGUUUAAGAAUAGUAAAAAUGAAAUAUUUUAGAUCUGCAUCUGGAAGAUUUGAAGUUCUUGGUAAUAACAUAACUUAUCCACCAAACAUUAUUAUGCCUAAACUUGUAUUUAACAUCAAAAAUUCCACUGCUUUUGUUAAAUGUGUUGUGAUUGGUCAACCAGGUCUCAUCAUUCAAUGGAGAAAACAAAAUGAAAUUAUUGUUUACAAUAACUUAAAUUACACUAUUGUAACUAGUAAUAGAUCCAUAGACAUUAAUGGAACCUACACAUCAGAAUUAACGAUAAAACCUUUAGUUCAUUUAAAUGUUGAUAAUGAUGACAAUUUUUGUCAUGGUGAUAUAAAAAAUGUAUCUUGUUUUUUUAACUACUCUAUUAGUACAGGCUACACAUCAACUAAUUUAUUUGUUACAAAUACAUCAUUAAUAUACUAUGGUUUUGAUGCAGAAAUUGAUUCACCUAAUCUUACAAUUAUUGCAACUAAUGUCUCAAUAAAUAUUACUUGGACAACUGAAAAAUUUAAAAGAGAUUUUCAAGUUUUUUACAACUUCUCGUUAAUAGAACAUGAUGGUUCUAACAAUAUAACACGGGACAACAAUAUUAGCAUUGAAAACAUUGUAGUGUAUGAUGCCAAACCAUAUACUUCUUACACAUUUCAAUUGACUGCGUUCAAUCGAUUAGGAAGAAAUCCAAACAUUUUUAAAAAAUUUUUAUCAGAAGAAGGCUAUCCAUCUGUGAUUCAAAACUUUAUUGCUUUGGCUACAUCUAAAGAGAAUAUUUCAUUGAAUUGGAACCAUCCAAAAUGUCAGAAUGGAAUCAUUACUAUUUACACUGUUGAAUAUGCAGAAAUUAAUUUAACAAGCUCUAUGCUAUCUUUUUCAGUUUUAAAAGAGAAUCUUGUAAACCAAAGUUUUGCUGUUGUAGUUGGACAACUAAAAAAUUAUCAGAAGUACAUGUUCAGAGUCAAUGCUUAUACUAACCAUGGAAAAAACUCUGGUGAAUGGAGUGAAUGGAUUGAAGAAACAACUUUAGAAGGAAAUCCAUCUGUUGUUAGAAACCUUACUGCUUCAGCAAUAUCUAAAGAAAACAUCACGUUGAAAUGGUACCAUCCAGAAAUUCCCAAUGGCAUCAUUACCAAUUACACUGUUGAAUAUGGAGAGUUUGAAUCACCAAACAUUACUUCACUUUCUUUUUUAGUAUUUAAAAGCCAUUUUGAUAUGCAUACAUUUGCUGUUCAAAUUGAACAAUUAAAAAAUUAUCGAAAGUAUAAAUUUAGGGUAAAUGCAUUUACUAAUCACGGAUUAAACUCUGGUGAAUGGAGUGAAUGGAUAAAUGAAACAACUUUUGAAGGAAAUCCAUCUAUUGUUAGAAAUUUUACUGCUUCUGCAAUAUCUAAAGAAAAAAUCAAUUUGACAUGGCAUCAUCCAGAAACUUUUAAUGGAGUCAUCACUAAUUACAUUGUUGAAUAUAAAGAGUUUAAUUCAUCAAACAUUACUUCACUUACUAUUUUAACUUUUAAAAUACAUUUUGAUACACCAGCGUUUACUACUCAAGUUAAACAACUGAAAAACUAUCAGAAAUAUGAAUUUAGGGUGAAAGCUCUUACUAAUCAUGGAAUGAAUCAUGGUGAAUGGAGUGAAUGGGUAGAUGAAACAACUUUUGAAGGAAUUCCAAGUGUUCCAGAAGAUCUUAUCGGUAAUGUAAGUUCCUCUAGAGAUAUUUCAUUAAGAUGGAAUGAGCCAAAGCAGCUAAAUGGCAUUGUCCGAAGCUACACUGUUGCUUAUAGUGGUUUUAAACCUUAUAAUUUAUCUUUUGAACACAAUGAAAAAAUAGUUGUGAACUCUACUCAAGUAUUAAUUUCAUCACUUUAUCCUGGUACAAAUUACACAAUUUCUGUAAAUGCAGAGACUAUUGUUAAAGGUCCAUCAUCCAAGAUUAAUAUUACAUUGCCCUAUGAUGAGCCGUUCGCUCCUAUACUAUUAAAACUUGAAAAUCAGAUUUCAGAACAAACAACCAUUGUUUUACAUUCAGUACCAAGUUUUACUGGGCCAAUCAGCCAUUAUGAAUUUGACAUUCAAGAAAGUUCCAGCAACUGUUUAAAUAACAGUAACACAACAAUCAAGUUGCUUUAUACACUAGAAUAUAAUCAGCUUGUAAUUCCCAAAGGUGAAGAAAAUAUCACAUUCCAGACAAACUACAUUCAUUUAAGUUUGAUUGGAAAGUUUUGUAUAUGUUAUCGAGCUGUGAUUAAUGACAGUGGAAUACUUUAUAUGGGAAAAAUUGCUUACUUGGAUUUAGAAAGGAAUGAUUUGGCAAAGAUUAAAAGAGAGGAAAUAAAUGUUGAUUUCAAUAGCAUUUCUUUACGUUUAUCACAAGGACCAUUAUCUACCAAGUAUUAUCAAAUAAUUGUAUCCAAGGGUAAUAUAACUAACAAAGACCCACCUCCAUCUGAAUUGUAUCCUUAUGAUGAGAAGAAUGACAUAUACCUUGCAGCUGAAUUUAAUGCUUCUGAGUUUAUGUAUUAUGAAAAUUUUAUUGUUGGUGAUGGGAAAAUAUUCAGGCGAUUUAAAAUUGCUUAUAGCAAUUUCUACAACAGCUCUUAUGAAGUUUUACAAAAUGUUAAGCUUCAAGAUGGUGAAAUUUACUCUAUUUUGCAAAGAGCUAAUGAACAUGAAACAAAAUAUUACUCAACUCCUUGGUUAAAUAUACAGACUCAUAAAGUGCCAAUAAUUCCUGAAACAACAUUACCUACAAUAACAAGCAAAGAAAGGACAGCAACAAAAGGCUCCAGUAUAAGUGUUAUUGGUGCUGUUUCUGGUACUGCAUUAUGUAUAAUCAUAAUUGUGGCUGUUAUUGUUGUUUUAUUUAAAAGAAGGCAAAAAAGAGAAUCACCUUACAAAAAAGCGGGAGAAAAUACAAAGCUCGUACCACUUGCUUUUAAAAAUCCUUCAUUUCAAAGUGAUGAUGAGAAGCAAAAAUCUUUAGAAAAGAAACCUUGUGUUAAAGCUCCAAUAGUUGAAAAACUUGAAGUGAAAAUACUUGAAAAAAGCGAGAUAAAAAAGCCGCCUGAAACUAUUAUUGUUGAUUCCAGUCAUCCACCAAUCAGCUUGAAAGAUUUUGCAAAACAUUGGGAUCGGUUGCAAAAAGAUAAUAAUUGUUCUCUUUCAGAAGAAUACAAAUGUUUGAAUAAUGGUCAGUUAUACACUUGGGAUGAUGCCCUCUUACCAGAUGUCAAACUAAAAAAUCGCUAUGCCAACAUAGUAGCUUAUGACCAUUCACGAGUGCGUCUUGGUAAUAGUUCAGAUGUUAAACAAAAUUAUAUAAAUGCCUCCUUCAUUCAUGGGUAUACAAAGCGUAAUGUAUAUAUAGCAACACAAGGUCCAAACAUAUCAUCAUCAAAUGAUUUUUGGAAAAUGAUUUGGGAACAAGAUGUUCCUGUAAUAGUAAUGCUAACAAAUCUUGUAGAAAAAGGAAAGAAAAAAUGUGAGUUGUAUUGGCCAACUUCAGAUGCAAAAAUAUUUGGUGAUGUAGAAGUAACAAUUUCUGCAACAGAUAACUUCUCAGAUUAUGUUAUUCGAAAAUUUUCAAUCAAAAAGGUUAGUUUAGAAGGAAUAAAGUUAGUUCACCAUUUUCAGUUUCUUCAUUGGCCAGAUCAUGGAGCACCAGAGUUUGUCUCUGACAUUGUCCUUUUUCGUCAUCGCAUCAGAAAAAUAUUUCCAUAUGAGUACACACAAAAUCCAGUGGUGGUUCAUUGUAGUGCUGGUGUAGGUAGAACAGGAACAUUUAUUUGCAUUGAUGAAAUGCUGGAACUUUUAAAGCGUCAAAACAAAGUGGAUAUUUUUAAUUAUGUUAAUUUUAUGAGAAGUAGAAGAAUCUUUAUGAUACAAACUGAGGAUCAAUAUUUAUUUGUAUACCGUGCUAUUUUUGAAUCAAUUACUUGUGGUAUUACUGAAACAAUGGCUUCAGAUUUUCCCCAACUAUUUGCAGGACUAUCAAAAGUGAUAAAUUUAAAGUCAGGCACCACCACUGGUUUUGAAGAACAGUUUGAAAGGCUGAAGAUGUUUAUUUCAAGUCCAGUCCCUGAAGAUUUUAGUAAUGCCCUCAAAGAUGUCAAUAAAGUAAAAAACUGUAAUCAAGAAAUAUUAGCAAGUGAUGAAAAACGUGUAUUAUUAUUGGAUGGCAUCUACGAAGAAGGUGGUGAUUACAUAAAUGCAGUUUAUAUAAAUGGUUUUAAGAGAAUAAAUGAGUAUAUUGCUACUCAGCAUCCUUUAACAUCUACAUUGUCUGAUUUUUGGACUAUGGUAUUUCAGAAGAAAAUUGGUACAAUUGUAAUGCUUCAUGACUCAUGUAAAGAAUCUAGAUUGCCGCAGUUGCAUGGAGUAUUAAAACAUAAGAAUGAGUUUAAAAAUGUUUCUGUUACUUUGAAUUAUCAAGAGAUCAAGGGGUGUAUAACAUUUAAAAAUCUUCAAGUCAACUCAUUAAAUGGUAAAGAUAUUGUUGAAUGCGUCAUUCUGUGUUUGGAAUGGCCAAUUGAUGGUGUUCCUAUUAAAAAUGAUGUAAUUACAUUAAUCAAUGAAAUGGAAAAACAGCAAUCAAAACAUGGAGAAAAUCCAGUUCUUGUUGUGUGCAGUGAUGGAGCAUCUCGUUGUGGAACCUUUUUGGCAUGCUCCAUUAUUUUACAUCAUUUGCAAUUGGAACAAGCUGUUGAUGUUUUUCAAACUAUAAGAAAGAUUAGGACAUCUCGAUCUCAAUUUGUUAAUAAUGUUAUUCAUUUCAAGUUUUGUUAUGAACUGGCCUUAACUUAUAUCGACUCCUUUAAUUCUUACUCGAAUUAUAUCGAAUGUAAAACUUGAUGAGAAAAAAUAACUGAUGAUUAUUUGGUAUAUAAUGAUAAUAUUGGUAUAUAUUGAUAUAAAAUUGUCUUAAAAAAAUAUUUUAUAAAUGAUUUCAGUGAAAUUCACUUUAAAAG